GUAAUUAAAGAGCAGCACCUACUUUUUUUGUCUUAUUCUAUCUUCCGCCAUUGAUUGCGCUUUUUGAUUGGAGUGCAAAGAUUCCACAUUCCUUCUUCUUCCCCGCACGUCCUCUCCUUUAUCUUCUCAAAGCUACGCUCUUUCUCUUUACUCUUUACUUCACAUGGUGGGUUCGAGUUUCUUUCCCCUUUUCACAAACUCUUCUCAAUUUCUCGAACCUUUCAAGAAAUUGACAAUGUCGUUUACAUGACUCUUUGAUUCUUUCUUUUCUUUCUCUUUCCUGGAGAAAAAGUUUGUGUGUUUUUUUCGAUUUGGAUUGGUUCGUUUCUUGAAGCUUUCUAAGCCAUGCAGACAAUAUGUUCGAUGAUAUUACUCUUAGUGAUGAUAAGCGUUUCAGGUUUUUCCGACUUUAAGGCACUUUUAGAACUCAAGAAAGGCAUAGAGAAAGACCCUUCUGGUAAAGUUCUUACUUCUUGGGAUGCAAAGUCUUUAUCUUCUGAUAUAUGUCCGCUAAAUUGGUACGGAGUUUCUUGUGAUAGUGGGGAUGUUACUUCCAUAGAUUUGAACGGUUUAGGUCUGCUUGGGAAUUUCAGUUUCCCUGUCAUUGUUAGUCUUCAAAAGCUUCAAAACUUGUCGAUUUCGAAUAAUCAGUUUGCUGGAACACUCUCCAUGAUUGGUUCUUUCAAGUCUCUUAAGUAUUUGGAUGUAUCUAGUAACAUGUUUCAUGGCUCAUUACCUUCUGGAAUUGAAAAUUUGAGGAGUUUGGAGUUUGUGAAUCUCUCUGGCAACAAAGACUUGGGAGGAGUGAUUCCUUCUGGUUUAGGGAGUCUUGAGGAGUUGAAGUACGUUGAUUUGCAAGGAAAUAGUUUCUCAGGGGAAGUGAUGAGCUUGUUUUCUCAGCUAAAUAGUGUGGAUUUUGUAGACAUAAGUAGGAACAACUUCUCGGGUUGGCUUGAUCUGGGUCUCGCAAAGUCAACCUUUGUUUCCUCGAUUCGGCACUUGAACGUGAGUGGAAACGCUCUAGUUGGACAGCUAUUUGCUCAUGAUGGCAUCCCGUUUUUCGAUAGUUUAGAGGUGUUUGAUGCUAGCAGUAAUCACUUGUCUGGUUCUGUUCCUGUCUUCACUUUUGUUGUCUCUCUCAAGAUUCUUCGGUUACAGGACAAUCAGUUCUCAGAUUCUUUACCACAGGGUCUUCUGCAAGAGAGUUCAACCAUCUUAACUGAGCUAGACCUUAGCCUCAAUCAACUUGAAGGCCCUGUUGGAAGUAUAACCUCUUCAACGCUAAAGAAACUCAAUUUGUCUUCAAAUAGACUAUCAGGAUCCUUACCCUUGAAGGUAGGGCAUUGUGCCAUUAUUGAUCUGAGUAACAAUAAUAUCUCAGGAGACUUGUCAAUGAUACAGAGUUGGGGGGAUUACAUAGAAGUUAUCCGAUUGAGUUCGAACUCACUCACUGGAGCACUACCUGGCCAAACUUCUCAAUUUUUGAGGCUGACUUCUCUUGAGGCUGCUAACAAUUCGUUGCAGGGAUUACUACCAUUUAUUUUAGGAACUUAUCCUGAGUUGAAAAGGAUUGAUCUCAGUCACAACCAGCUCAAGGGCUUCCUACCGGGAAAUCUGUUCGUGUCUGCAAAGUUGACGGAUCUCAACUUGUCAACCAAUAAUUUAUCUGGUUCACUUCCUCUUCAAGAUGCAACUACGGCAGGAAACCUGAGCUUGACCAACAUUGAUCUGUCACAUAACUCCUUAGGUGGAGUAAUCUCAGAGGAACUAACUCGGUUCCGAAAUUUGGUUUCUCUUGACCUUUCUUAUAACAGCUUUGAAGGGAAUAUACCUGAUGGCCUCCCAGACAGCCUAAAGGUAUUCAUUGUCUCUGCCAAUAAUCUCUCUGGAAAUCUACCGAAGAGUCUCAGACGAUUUCCAGAUUCAGCUUUUCAUCCAGGGAAUGCCUUACUGAUUGUCCCCAUUUCUCCAGAAACGCCAAAAGAUAAAGCAGAUAUAACCAUAGGAAAGCAUAUGAAACCUUCCAUGAAGGCAGCUCUAAGCAUAGGCGUGUUCGUGGGUGCUGCUCUACUUGCUCUUGUUUGUGCAGUGUUUCAUUUUAUGCUAAAGAAACAACAUGACGAAGAGAAGAUGGAUGUGAUUGGAGAAAAUACUAGUCUGCAAAAAACUGAACCUUCUCCUUCUCAUGCGAUUGCAGAAAAGAACAGUGUACAAGAAACUGAACCUUCUUCUUCUGUUACUUUUACUUCCCAAAUCAAGGCCAAGCAACCGGUUUCCUCUCCACUUCUCUCCCAAUAUAGUGUCUCUGAGAAUUCUUCAUCAUUAAGGAAAGAUGAAACCGUGUCAUCCCAAGUUUCUCCGGUGUCUUCUUCAACUCCAUCGGUGUUUAAAAUUCAGAAUUCACCAGAUGUUCAUCCGUCUCGCCAAACUUCUGUGAGAUUGGAUGGGAACCUGUACAUUUUCGACAGUUCUCUUAUGCUUACAGCGGAGGAACUGUCUCGUGCUCCAGCUGAAGCUAUCGGAAGGAGCUGCCACGGAACCCUGUACAGAGCAGUGCUGAACUCUGAUUCAGUAUUGGCGGUCAAAUGGUUAAGGGAAGGGACUGCAAAAGGUAAGAAGGAAUUUGCAAGGGAGAUAAAGAAACUUGGGAACAUCAAGCACCCAAAUCUUGUUUCUCUUCAGGCUUACUAUUGGGGACCGAAAGAACACGAGAAGCUCAUCAUAUCAAGAUACAUUGAUGCACCCUGUUUAGCUUUCUACCUCCAAGAGGCUGGACUGAUAAACCUCCCACCAUUGUUGCUAGAAAACCGUCUAAAAAUUACUCUGGACAUAGCCAGUUGUCUUAGUUACCUGCACAACGAAGAAGCAAUUCCACACGGGAAUCUAAAAUCAACAAAUGUUCUCCUGAAACCUCCUGAACUCACUGCACUCUUAACAGAUUACAGCCUCCAUCGGUUAAUCACUCCACAAGCUACAUCCGAGCAAGUCUUUAAUGCAGCUGCUCUCGGCUACUGCCCUCCAGAGUUUGCAAGCUCGAGUAAACCAUAUCCUUCCCUGAAAAGCGAUGUCUAUGCCUUUGGGGUCAUUUUGUUAGAGCUUUUAACGGGGAAAGUAUCGGGAGACAUAGUUUGCAGCGAUCCAGGGGUCGUUGAACUCACUGAAUGGGUUGCAAUGCUUGUGGGACAAAACCGUGCGGUUGAGUGUUUUGAUCCGUCCAUUAUUGAGCCACAAGGUUCAAGGAAUGCCUCUGGAGUACUUACUGAUGUCUUAAAGGUUGCUCUGAGCUGUAUCUCGCCCGCACCAGAGAGACCAGACAUGAAAUCUGUCUGUCAAGAGCUAUUCAGAAUUGUUCUUAAAAGGACAAACUAGAAGAUUAUGUCUGUGACUGACAAAUAGAUAGAAUUCAGAUUAUGUUGUCACUCUUCUUUGUGAAGGCUCUGUAAAUCUGUUCUGUUAUAUAUCUCCUUAAUGAUGAUUUAUA